ACGGGGCAUGAGAUAUGCCCAUUCAAAGUUUGCAAUUUCAAUCGGUUGCGAGAGCGCCCCCCUUUGGCCAAUUCAUGUAAUAUUGCUUCAUUCACAUCCUCCCAUGACCCUCUACCACUGUGCCAAAUUUCACAUGGAUUGACCAAGUCAGUGAGGAGAAAAACGCGGAACAGACACACCCACAGACAGAGUUUUCGUCAUUAUAUAAUAAGAUGUUCAGAGAUGGGUUUUUUUUGUUUUUGAGGUAAUGAAACUACAUUUAUGGACCACGCAGGACUCGCAGAGAGGUGGUCGGGGUGGAUGGCGGUCAUUCGAAGUGCAGGACUGUGACACCAGAAUCCCGGGUUUACGCCCUGUGUCCUGUCUGUCAGGUUUAGGCAACAAGAGUACUUUGGAUAAGGUUCAGGAAAGAUCCUGAUCUCAGUUAUAGGUCAAUUAAAAGUGGAAUAAUUAAAAUAAAAACAUACUUUCUAGGAGACACGGCUGCUCUCAUCAUAAGUAAAUUGAUCUUAAUGUGUAAAAUCAGUGGUGUGCCCCUGUAAGUUUACAUUUUGGUUAUUUUCUUCAUGAUGAUGGUCAAAGUGCACCUACCUUUUCACACUAGCUGAUACUGUAAGAUGUCAAAGAACCUUUGUCCUGUUAAUUUAUAAAAGGCUUUGACUAUGCGCUGUUAUUAUCACAUAGAUUAUCUGUUGUCUUCACUGUGCUGAAGAACAUCUGCAAACAUCUACACCCUCAUCUGCAAUGUAUGCAAUGUACAUACACAUAUACUGUACAUGUUUACUGUCCCUGGAUGCUGAGCAUGUCCGUCUUUUCUACCUGAACGCUUGGCAGAGUUUCAUGUGAAGGAUUUCUGAGCGUUGCUGCUGUAAGAUACUGUAAACAGGAGUGAACUAGUACCUCAAUAUAGGACAUAUUUUGUGUGUGAGAUGUUUUGCAUUUAAGACCUUUUAGACCAAAAUAAAUGUAGUUUGAUGAAUGCAUUUGUCUCCUCAGCGUGGGAUUCUGAAAUGCUGAUGUGUGCGCUGGGAGAUCCUGUUCUCACUGUGCUGUAGGGAUGUACUUUAUGUUAUCACGCAUUUCCAUCUAUCCUCUCCACUUUCUUCUUCUUCUCCCCAAACAGCAGAGACCUGCAGACAGUUACUGUAAAGAAGACGCUGAUUUAUUAGGAGUCAGAAACAGACAGGUGUUCCUUAAUGAUUUCUCUCUUCCUCUCCCUCCUCCCCUCACAAACUCCACCAGUGGCUGUGGCCUUGGGCAACUCCUCACCUUUAUUUUAUCUCCUCUUCCUCUCCCUCUUCUUACCCCUUCCUGCACUCCUCUCCCUGUCUCUCUUAUUUCACUUUUGUCAUCCAUGUUUUUUUAAUAUCCACUCUCCCUUUCCCUCCCUUCCCUCUCUCUCAGCCACAUUCAUCUUCUGAUUGUUAUGAUUGCUGUGCGUUCCUCUGCCAUGGCCUGCAGGAAGAGUGAGUUAGUACAUGUCAGUGAGCACAGGUAUGCACUGUGGACACCGGCUGGCUCAUUCACCGGCUGCUGGAGCGAGGAAGGAGACGCUCGUCUGCACGGGCUGAACAACCGAAGCUCCAGAUCAGCCACAAGGAGGCGGUGGACGAGAAGAAGGAGAAGGACCGGGCAGAGGAGCACAGAUUUGAAAAAGUCUGAGCUGAGUUUCAAAACGGAAAAAGAAACUGAGGGAGGAGAAGAGGGGGAAGAGAAGCCGGGAGGAACACAAGGCAGCAAUGGAUAGCAGAGUGGCUCAGCCUGACCCUGGGAUGGCAUGGAUUCACACACAGCUGCUGGCUGCCGUCCAGCACACACACUAGGCAGCUAACACCAAUGAGCUCCCAUGCUUUCGUUCGGCCAUGCUUCCUGGAUAUGGAUUCUCACCUUUUCCUGAUUUCCAACCCCACCUUCACGCUUUUCGCUGCCGAGGAGACAGUCCCAGCAUGUGGAUUCCUGGCUCAGGGGAGUCCCCGUCUUUGAACGAGGCCCAGGAGGACAGGCCUCUCCUCCACCCGUGCCACCACAAGCAUGUUGCUGUUUGCCAGCAGGAAACAUUGGCUUUUAUUGAGCUACAACCACCAGUGACUCCUAAACUAAACGGUCUUGGCUCUUCGAGGCAAACUGUUAUUCCAGAGGCCCAAUGCACAACACACUCUCUGCCCCUGAAUGGUUUCAAACACACACUAAACGAACUGAAUGACAUGCAGAACGGCUGCCACAGGACAGACAACGAGCAUGAAACGACACUGAAUUUAAACUCUCACACACCUGAGGGUGACUGCGAGCUUGAAUGCCAAAAUGGCAACAGGACUUCUUUGCAGGAGCAGACAGAGAAACCUCGUUCUGUCACAACAGUGUGUCGUCCUCUCCACUCAGCUCUCAGCCUCCCUCUGCCAUUCCCUCUGUCCUCUCUAUACACAAACAGAGACUCUUGGGAAUCUCAGUUACCCUGCUCCCCAUCCUCACCUGAAGGUCCUGGGUGUCAGAGCCCAGACUUCUCCCAGCCGCAGAGGAGGACGUCACAGGGUUCACUGAAAGAGAAGUCUAUCCGGCGAAAGAUGCAGGUCUAUUCCCCAGACAGCCAGAGUGAUGAAUCUCUCAGCAGCCCGAUCCUGGAUGCAGACUACAUCUUCCCAGGACCUUUUGCAUCUUUCCUGGAGGAAGACCUCUGUGGAUUAUCUUCCCUGGAGGCCAUUUCAAGCCCUUCAUCCACAGACGGUGUUACAGAUCUCCCAAACCUCAGUCACGAUGAUAUUUUUGAUCUACCCACAGAACCACUGCAGAUAAUAGAGGACUCGUUGCCAGGGUUGGGGUUAGAGAGCGGGAGUGUAGGGAGGUCAAGUGCCACAGGAGGGAGUUUUUUGCCACGCGGCCGUCAGGCAGAUCAAGAACGGCGGCGGUUCUCAGCCUCAGAACUGAUAUCUAGACUGCAGCUGUCUCAGAGGAAGAACUCCUUCACCUUGAAGCUGGGGAAGUCGCUAUCUGCACGGGUAGCCUCCAGGGACAGACAGAGCACCAACAGCAUCAGUCUCAACACUGACUAUAAGUCCAGCACCAAGCAUCGCAGCUCAGGAGGCUCUAGUGACAGCGCUCCCCAAAGUCCUGUUGGACCUGCACCUGCUCUGCCCAGCAGUGACAAUGGCAUGCCUUUGCACCGUUGGAGCACAAAACUCGGAAUGCGAAAGAAGUCAAUAGAGGAGGACGUCAGCACACUUCCAACCGUUGCUGGUUCCAAUCGAUUAUCACGGUUUUUGCCCAGUUCGAUUCUGUACCAGGAAUACAGUGACGUCGCCAUCAACAGAGAGAUCCAGAGGCAGCAAGGGAAGGAGCCAGGCACAGAGGAUGAUGGGCUCAGGGACGAAGGGUCAGACGGGACCCCGUCCCCUUCUAAUCUGUCUCCAUCCAGCUCCUUCCGCUCAUCACGAGGUUCUGCUUUUGCACUGUGGCAGGACAUCCCCGAUGUUCGAACCAGCGGCCAGCUCGACAACUUCAGCAAUGAGGAACGUAAAUUACAGGAGGCAAAGUUUGAGCUGGUGACAUCCGAGGCGUCGUACAUUCGUAGUCUGACGAUCGCGGUGGACCACUUCAUGUUGUCGCAGGAGCUCGCAGAGUGUCUUGGAGCUCAGGAUAAGCAGUGGCUCUUCUCCAAGCUGCCUGAAGUCAAAGGAGUCAGUGAGAGGUUUCUUGAGGACUUGGAGCACAGGCUGGAGGAGGACAUUCUGCGGUUUGAUGUGUGCGACAUCGUCCUGGACCACUGCCCGGCUCUGAGAAGGGUUUAUUUACCUUAUGUAACCAACCAGGCGUAUCAGGAGCAGACAUACCAGCGUUUACUGCACGAGAACCCUCGUUUCCCCGGCAUCCUGGCUCGUUUGGAGGAGGACCCCAUCUGCCAAAGACUUCCUCUGACCUCUUUUCUAAUCCUCCCGUUUCAGAGGAUCACGCGGCUUAAAAUGCUGGUGGAGAACAUCUUAAAGAGGACGACACCGGGCUCCCGAGAUGAGGACACUGCCACAAAAGCUUUCAAUGAGCUAAAAAAGAUCAUCAAAGAAUGUAACUCCAGUGUGCAGUCGAUGAAGAGGAUGGAGGAACUUAUUCACCUCAAUAAGAAAAUCAAUUUUGAGGGAAAGAUCUUUCCUCUGAUCUCUCAGUCCCGCUGGCUGGUGAAACACGGUGAACUCCUGGAAGUGGACACUCAGAUGAUGAGUAUAUCUGGAUCAAAGCUCAAGUUUCCCACCAAGCCGGUGUACCUCCACCUGUUCAACGACUGUCUCCUGCUGUCCAGGAGGAAGGAUACUUGGAAGUUCAUGGUGUUUGUACACGCCAAGAUCGGAGAGCUAAAAGUGAAGGACCUCAGUCAGAAGCUGCAGGGCAUCUCAGGCUUCAUCUUCCACCUGCAGCUGUGUGAAGGCCAGCAGCUCAAACACCAGAUCCUGCUCAAGUCACACACUGAGAGCGGGAAGCAGAGAUGGAUCACAGCAAUGUUUCCAUCUGAUCCCCUGGAAGACAUCGAGCAGGCCAGUGAGAAUGAUGAUAUAUCCCAGGUUCAGUGCAUCAAAAGCUAUCAGGCCCAAGAGCAUGAUGAGUUAACGCUGGAGAAGGCCGACAUUCUUCAUGCUAAGACCAUUACAAGUGAUGGCUGGGUGGAAGGCAUCCGACUGUCAGACGGGGAACGGGGCUGGUUCCCCAAAACCUACGUGGAGGAAAUCACAAGUCGCAGCGCUCGCCUCCGCAAUCUCCGAGAAAAUAUCCGCAUCAAAUGUGUCACGCAGAAAUUAGAGGGGGAAGACUAACUAUCUUUACUGCAACUAGUCAUGUGUGUCUGAGUUGCUAGGUUGCAUCUUUAAGCCUCUGGGUCAUUGUUUUCAUUUUAGAUAUGUGUGGGAUCUACAUGUAGUACGCAGGUGCUAAAACAACAACGUUUUUCACUGUGUAUCAGCAUUUUCCUUUAGCAUGCUAGUUGCGAAAAGCUUUUAGUUAAAAAGGUUUUUAUACAAUAAGAGUCUGUUGACAUUUGUAACAGUUUUGCCACACUGAAGUUUCUAAAGGAGCAAUCACUUUAUGCAUGCCUUCUGUGAAUGCAUCUUAUUACCAUUUUUAAGUCUGAGAAACACAUGCACAUUUAUCAGCACAGGCAGUAAAUGUUCUCAUAUCCAAAGGUAAAUGUUUACACUCCUUGGCUCAUGUUAGAGAAGCCUGUCACUGCAUUUUUCCUCUGCUGUAUUCAGUCAGCUGAGCUCUGUGAGGGGCAGGAGAUUCACUCGUGUAAUGUCACAACAUCAAAAUGUCGCUCGAGGCAGCUUCUUCAUCUGAGCUGCAUCAGGACACGUCAGAGGCCUUUAAUCUUUCGUCUUUGUUCUCACUGAGUGCUGCUUUCAUUUCAAAAGGCAGAUAAGAAGCUGUCCUGCUGUGUAGUCAAUGUAUUCGACAACAGUGUACACUGGUUAUGAGAAGAAAUGCCUGGUGUGGUUUUGUGUUUUAUAGUCCAUCCAAUAUUUGAUACACUGCAGUGCAUCAUUUCCAUCCAUGUGUUAAAAGAUGUGGAUUGUUAACACAUCCUUGCCUCCUUGUUAAAGAGGACAACACCCUCACUGUAUGCACUGUAUAUAGUCUGUACUGUAGUAACAAUUUGGACUGCAUGAACUCUGAUAGUUGUCCAAACAAGGCAACUGCAGAAUGACGGUUUAAUUUUUUUUUUUCUUUAAAGAUGGUUUCACUAUUCUACUGUAACAUAAAUGAAGGACAAGGUCAUACUACACAAAUACUUUUUUUCUGUUUGUUACCUAAUCUGUUUAAAAGAUUAGGCUGUCUAUAUUCUAUAUUUUUAUUAGAAAGCCCACAAAUAGCCCCACUGUUCAGAAAUAUUAAAGGGGACCUAUUACACUUAGUUUACAGUUCACGCUUUCUACUAGAACAUCUUAACAUGCUUUGAUAAUCAAAAGACACUUUUUUUCUUCGCACUUCUAUUGCUGUAUUCACCCUCAGUCUGAGAUGCUCAGUUUAACGACUAUCUCUUUAAGCAACUCUCCUGAAAAAACUGAGUCUGCUCUGAUUGGUGAGCAUUUCAGGGUCUUGCAUAUGCCUGCAAAAAAUCUUUCUUAAAGGGUUCAGGGUUCCUAAACCUUUGAACCCUGAGCUAAAUGUUGGGGUUUCUUUCAAAAACAUGGGGGGAAAAAGCAAUGAGCAACUUGGUAAGAAAUGUCCCACAAAAUGCAAAAAAAACAUUAAUAGAUUCAGAAAAUUAUUUUUAAAAAUGAGGUAAAAGAACAAGGCUAGGGAAAACUAUAUUUAUAAUUAUUGUCACAGUUUUAAAUUAUGUUACUGUUUGUUUUUUUAAAAAUACAUUUUAAGCAGUUUUUUUGGGUCAUUUCCUUGUUUGUUUGUUUUUAACCUUCUUUCUUUCUUUUUUGUAAUUUUUUUUCCUUUUUAUUAAUUUCUUGCAGAUUUUUUGGGUCAUUUCUUCCUUCGUUGCUCAGAGCCUUCGUCCAAUAUUUUUGAAAGAACUUAAGCCACUUUGGUCAGAUUUUAAAGGGUUAAGAGACUCCAAACCAAAAUAUUCUGUUCUAGCAGGAAUAUCAUCCGAAAUUAACAACAUUGGCAACCAAGAUGACAUGUUUCUCUGACGUUAGCAUGUAGCUACAUGUAGCAGGGUAUCAGUAACGUCCCUGGAUCAGAUGACCAUAUAAAGAAAUUUGUCAUAAGCUGACGUCAGCUUGUCUUGACAGUAGAAUUUUAAAAAAUCAUUCUAAUAUUAGUAUUCAAAACAAGCCUGAGGUUUUUGCUCACAAAGGCUAGUUUUAUGAACAUUUACCUCGUUAUUUGAAAAUUUGGCCACAUUUAAUAUGAGCAUUGACAUUCUGAAGUUAUAUAUCUGACAACCAAUAAGGAAAAAACAUAAUAGGUUUAACAACAGCACACACACACUGUAGUUUAUUCUAAGCUGAUCCCUCUUACACCACUCGGUAAAGGUAAAUACUGACUAGAACACCAAAUGUGUAUUCAUCCACAGCUAAAAAUAGUCCCCAACAAAUGCACUAUUUAUUUCUGUUUGACUAACAUUUGCUUAUAACUACAAUGCCCAGCUGUUUGAUGGGAUGCUUUAGCCCUUUUUGAUAUUAAAACUUAUAUUGAAACUAAAAUUUCUGUCUCCAGUAGGAACAAGUUGGGCUUUUGUGUGCCACGGACAGGAUAGAGAGGUUGGAGGAUGUUGGAUUUGUUUAUUUCACAACAUUUGUUGUCAGUAAGAGAAAUAUAAAAGAACUGUGCUUUAUAAACCAGGAAAUAGUCACCUACCAAAUUCACCUCGGGUUGCAUUAACAUGGACUGUCAGUGUGGUUUAAGUGCAAGUUUGCUUCACAUGUACUAAUUUUGAAACUUUAUACCCAGUUUACUAGAAGCUAGAUCUGGAUCAAGUAAUACGCAAAGCACUGAAUUACAUUUAGGCCUACAUUGUCCACAUCGUUCCCCUCAUCAAAUGACCAAAAGCACAGUGUAACUGAGCUGAGACCUGUUGUUAAAGAACCACUAUAAUCAACAUUCAAAUGUAAACUCUUCCAGUGGCACAUGAAAUGUUUAUAACCCCUUUAUUUUCUAUACCUGCGUUGUUAGUUGUAAUUUAAGUGGUUGCUGUUGCAGCAUGUGUAUUUAUACUCCUCUAGCUGGUCCUUCUCUAAGGAGAUUCUGAUGUAAAUGUACUUUACUGUAGAUGGCUUCAUGUAUAAAGAGUAGAGAAAUGGUUCAUGUACUAUUAUGACUGUAAUUUAUAUGAACAAAGAUUCGACAAAUAUUAUUACCUUCCUGAACUUUAAACUUUUCAGUCUGAUUAAUUUCUAAUACCCUAAUAAAUAUAAAUACUGUAAUACACUGGAUCUCUGCACACUACUGUAAAUGUUUAACCAUUGAAAUAAAUAC